AUGAAUGGCGCUGUCGUCGCUCAAAAUGGCACCACUGAACUCCAACCAAUAUCGCCGACAGACACUCCGCGUCCUUCUCCGGCUUCACUGACUACCCUUCCACAAAUACUUUCCGCACUGUCCUCGCUUCAGUCAGAAGAAUCCGAACUCUCAGACUCACUCUCCCAGCUUCUCUCGUCUCAGGAGCCCAUACUUGACUCCCUAGCACGCGUCCAGGCCCUUGCGCCACGUAUUGAUGACUUAUACUCUGAAGCCUCACUCCUGUCCGACAAGGUCUCCGCCACAGCACGUACUGCAGAACGCGUCGGAGGGCGUGUCCGAACGCUAGAUGAAGAGAUGAGAAGAGUUCGAGAAGCGAAUGAAAGGGUCGGCCAGGUCAUGGAGCUGAAGUCAUCUUUAUCCGCUCUUCAGAAAUCCAUGGAGAGCCAAGACUGGGAGUCUGCCACCCGACACUGUGCGCGCGCCAUGGCGCUACCGGACGAGGUCAUCUCAGGGCCGUUCGCAGAAACCGCUGUCCCUACGUCAGAAAGUCAUCUUCCACCCGCACAGACACUUCAGGCAGCGAGAGACACACUCUUAGACGUUUUUAGGCGCCAGUUUGACGAAGCCACCGCAGCAAGGGAUGCCGCCGCCACGACGCGCUUCUUUAAGCUCUUCCCCGCUAUAGGAUGGGAGGCAGAAGGUCUCGAGGCCUAUGCCGCGUUUGUUGUCGACCUCGUCAAAGUACGGCCUCCAGCGUCGGCCAAAACUUCCUCGCCUCUGUAUUAUAUCACAUCAUUAACCGCUCUGUUUGAGAGUAUCGCCAUGAUCAUCGAUCAGCAUCAGCCUGUGGUUGAGAAGUACUACGGUGCUGGGAAAAUGGUCAACGUUAUCGUACGCCUGCUCCAAGAAUGCGACCGUGUCGCCAAAAGCUUGACAGAAAGUUGGGAAGAGGAACGAUCAAUGAAGCGAAUGAUUGCGAAUGUUGUUCCGUCACCAAUUGCCGCCUCACCAGCCAAUCGUCGGCAGCCUACACAAGGGUCUGCUGUUGAAGAUGAAGUCGACGCACGAGAAAUUGACAAAGUCAUAUCGGAAGCAGCGGGCAUGGCCAGUCGAUGGAAUCUAUUCCGACGGUUUCUCUAUGACAGAUUGAGGGAACAAGAUCCUGAUGGUCAAACAGUGACUCCUCGAGGUGGAACCCCAGUACCCUCAACACAGAAUUAUCCGGAAAUAGACUCCAAAUUGCCUCCACCCGUUAUUCCCGAGGCACUCAAGAUGGUCGAUUCCUCAGCGUGUAAUCAACUCUUUGACGACCUCCUGAGUGCUUACUACACCCCUCUUGAAGUCUGGUAUACUCGAAGCGCGAUUGAGAAGGCUCACCGUCUUUCAACUCCCGAUGCUCUUUCUUCGCCCGCAACCACGACAACUCCCGAUGACGCAUUCUACAUCCUCAAAGUUGUCCUCACACGCCUUAUCUCCACUGGUUCUCCUCGUGCACUCGAGCGUACAUCUGUUCUGCUACGAGAUGUCAUCGAACGAGACUACGCAGGCGUCAUCAAGCGAAAGAUGGACGACGUCUAUAGGACGGCUGGGGCCAUGCGUGGGGAGAAGGCGGAGAGGGAGAGUCGGCUUUCCUUCAUUACUCUCUUGAACGACCUCGACAUCUCGUCCUCGCAUAUGGAGAGGCUCAUCAAAGACCUCGUUACGGCGCCCACGAUUGAUCAAGGUUUCUUGAACGAGGAAGCACCUAUUGCGAAAUCUAGUAUCUCUGCGUUCAAUAAUCUGGUCCCGAAGUUCCGCUCCGUCCUUCGUUCUGGCAUCGAACAGCUCUUCAACCAACUCCUCCGUCCUAAAAUGCGCACCUUUCUUACCGACGUGUACAAGGACGUGUCGUACGUCCUCGAUGAGGACGCCUACAACCAGUCUGAGUAUCAAGACGUCGUGCGGAAACGGUUCGUCAAGGCAUGGGAGGGCCUCGUGGAAGGGUAUAAGGAUACCUUCACCGAGGGCAACUUCAGACUCUUCUUCGGUCUCGCGCUGGACAUCCUCAUACGCCCAUGGGAGAAGUACAUUAUGAGCAUUCGUUAUAGCGAGCUUGGUGCCAUUCGCCUCGACCGGGACCUGCGAGCCAUAACUACUCAUCUCUCUUCUCAGACUGCCUUCGGCGACGUGCGCGAGAAGUUUGUGCGUCUGCAGCAGAUCUCCACGAUCGCUAAUCUGGACCAGGAGGAAGAUGUAGACGAGUUUUACAGCAGUUCUGGUAUUCCGUGGAAAUUAACAGAGCAGGAGGCGAGGACGAUCGCAGGCCUCAAAAUGUGA